GUGUGUUGCUGAUGCAGGGGCUUCCAGCAUGGCGUCCAUGCAGGUACAGGUGUCAUCCGUUACCAAAAGGCUUCAGAAAGAACUGUUGGCUUUGCAGAACGAUCCUCCUCCUGGAAUGACUCUGAAUGAGAAAAGUGUAGAAAAUACUAUAACCCAAUGGGUUAUUGAUAUGGAAGGAGCCUCUGGCACACUGUACGAAGGAGAAAAAUUCCAGCUGCUUUUCAAAUUCAGUAGUCGAUAUCCAUUUGACUCGCCUCAGGUAAUGUUUACAGGAGAGAACAUUCCUGUCCAUCCUCAUAUUUAUAGCAAUGGUCACAUCUGCCUGUCAAUUCUAACAGAGGACUGGUCACCAGCACUGUCCGUCCAGUCAGUAUGUCUCAGCAUCAUCAGCAUGUUGUCUAGCUGCAAGGAGAAGCGACGGCCUCCUGAUAACUCCUUUUAUGUACGGACAUGUAACAAAAACCCAAAGAAGACUAAAUGGUGGUAUCACGAUGAUACAUGUUGAUGCUGAACUUGAAAACGCGUUUAGAAACAAGAACCUGCUGACAUACAUUAGCACUUUUUAAACUUUGAACUUUGAGCCUCGGACUAAAAAUGGAGGACGUGAAUUUUUACUCAAGGACCAGCAUUACGAUGACAACAAAAUGGCUUCAAUCAAAGCAAAGACGUCGAGUUAAAGGUGGAAAACAAAUCAGGAUUGACUCCAGAUUGAUGCCGGAUUAAGCAAUGAGUCUUAAUUCCUUUUUUUUUUCUUUUUCUUUAUUUCUUAAUUUUUUUUUUUUUGUCUUUUAUAAAUUGUUUUUUGCUGUGUCUCAAAUCGCAUGCUUCUUUAGCACACAAACCCCUUGUAAUGUGAGCAUUGUGUACAAAAGGACCACUAUUGACCCUGAUCGGGUUACAGAGUUGAGUCAGCUAGCUAGAUUAUGCAGGCUAUCAUCUUUAGUCUCUUGGUUUAGAGAGUGAGUGUAAAUUCACAUUGCUAGUCAGAUUAACCCACUAGCAGAACUGCCUCGGUUUUGAGGAAUUAGUACAUCCAGUUUAAAGUACAUAGUAUGCAAUUUGAGACAAAGCCCUUGACUUUUUUCUACUUUAUUGAACAUAUUAUUCAAUUGUUCAUUUCUAUUUUUGUUGUGCAAUAACGAACCUGAAUCGUUUGGUUCAUCUGUAAACGAUUUUAGCAUUAAGUGCUUUCCAUUUGUGCAUCUGUUUUUGUUUGAUGUUUAUAUGCACUGUGAAAUUCUCGAUGAAGGCACAGAACAGUUUAAAAUCGAAACCUCACUUGAUAAUUUAUUUCUAUUUAAUACAAGGCAUGUGCCGAUAAUCAUUUAUAUUAUGCACCUCAAUAUUUAAAAUGCAUGAUACUUUUAUUGUGAAUACUUCAAUAAAUUGUUAGUAGAGGUAAAUUUAUAUUUAUUAAAAAAUGAAAGUAUUUCAUUUUAAAUUAGAUAUUUUCUUCAAUUUUUGAUUUAUUUAACCUUUGUUUGGGCUUCCCCACUCUUAAAUUAGCUGACCACUUUAUUAGGAACACUCUCACAUUUAUGCCCACUUUAUUAGGAACACUCUCACAUUUAUGCCCACUUUAUUAGGAACACUCGCACAUUUAUGCCCACACACAGGUGAAGUGCCCUGUUUUUUCCCCUCUUGUUCACCCGUCCACUUUGGGUGAGGUUCAGAUUCCUGGUCUUGCUUAUGGAGCUCAUACACCACAAUGUUAUGAGUUGCUUUUCAGCUCAGCACGGUUGUUAAGAGUAGUUGUCUGAGUCACUAAAACCUUCCUGUCAGUCUGAAUCGGUCUGACCAUUCUCCUCUGACCUCACUCAUUGAGACAGCAUCCCCACCCACAGAACUGUUUUUGGAAAUACUUAAGCCAGCACGUCUGAUACAAACAACCAAACUAUGAACCGAACAUGAACUGAAUCUCUGAAUUUGGAUAAUUUUAAGCAUUAUGUUUUAUUAUGCAUACAUUUUAUUGUAUGUGCACCUUAACAUUGACUGACUGGAUAAUAUAAUCAAUGGGCAGGCACACCAGUGUUCCUAAUAAAGUGGCUAGUGAAUGUAUAGUACUGUUAUCCAAAUAUAAAAGUUAUACUGAACAUUAACACAGACACCAAUGCAAUAUGGGAAGGAUAUUGGAAAGCCAUGAUUAAAAGGAUAAGCAGAGGCGUUGUGAUUUGGGAAAGUCAAAUAUCGGCACAUGCCUGCAUGCUCCUGUAUGUUGAUUUUCCUCAUUAAUCUCACUGAAAUUAACAGACACGACUGAUGACUGUAACGAAUGUUAGCAAGGAUUCUGUAGUGUAUUUAUUUAUUUAUUUGUAUAAAUGACGUUUUGAUCGUUUCAAAAGGGCUGGAAGUUAAACGACGUAAAGUUUAGCUAUUUGUCAAUAGCCAUGUGCUAAUAUGAUUUUCAUAUAGUACGAUAAUCUACCAUUUUAGCCAAGCCUACGUUAAUUUUUAUUAUAUGUUUACCAUUACCUGUUCUUACUGGACAUUGUUUUUUAAAGUUUUAAGUCUUUUAGCGAAGAACUAGCUAGCUAGCUAACAAAUUAGCAAAUAACUUUAGCUAGCUAAAUGUAACCAGGGGAAUGACAACAAUAAAGACAACAUUAGCUUAGACAAGCUUUGUAAGUGAUUUUUGCAAUUUUAGAUUAGUUCUUAUUUGAAAAAUGUAUCCAUUGAUGCAAACAGUGCUUAAACAAACGGUACUUUUCAUAAUCACGAACCUAGCUAACUAACAAUUGCUGGCUAACUUCACAUUAAAACUUUGGUGAAUUCAAUUCAGUGACUUGAUUUUGAAGUGUUCACGAUAACACUGUGGAUGUGGAAUUAUCGGCACAUGUCUAAAUGUGAAGAUUUUUUGCUCCUGAUCACCUUUAUCUGUGUUUGUUCUCCUGGUCACUCUUUUCAGGACUCAGGUACUUCCCCUCAAGAAGAAAUCAGCUUUCCUUCAGUUAUUUUGUGUUUUAUCAUGUAUAGAUUUAGUUCUUUUUUUUUCGUUGAAGGAAAUAUUUUCCAAAAAAAAAAAAACAGAAUCAAUAUGUAUAUUUAAAUUGUGUGUGUUACUCUUUAUCUAAAUGGACAUGUAUAGUAAAGACUGAUUAUUUAGAC